CGAAGUCGGUUGAGUGCGAAUUGACGCUUUCGCGAAAACAGUGUUGUAUAUUUUUUGAAAAAUCAUCGUUGCGCGUUGCAGUUAAAUCAUUUUAUGCUUGCGGUAUUGUAACUUUUGUUAUACUCACGCCUGCUUUUGUUUUAUAUUUACCACGCUUACGUAUUCUGGACACUUGUGUGCUUGUUUUGACCCGUUUUCAAGCGCAAAUCCCUGCGCGUUAAGUCCGGCAUCGCAUUACCAUUCAUCACGUUGCCGACGUCGUCGAAAUGGGGUGUUCUGCUCGGCUAAUUGGCAGCAAACACACUUAACAAGCAAUAUAAUAAUAAGCAAUAUAAUAAGCUUAGGCUCUCUUACUCCAUUUACACUGGUGUGUGGCGACGUUUGAUCUUACAGUGCUCGCCUGCAUUUUGUGUUAACGUGAAUUUGUUCUACGUGAAACUGUGUUGCAUUUGUUGACUUGUGACUUGUACAGCAAAGGUAAUAAGUAGCAGUCUAUCAACGGAAAAUCUGAAAAAUGUGAAAUGUGAGCUGAGCAUUGUGGCAAAUCGCGUAAAAGUGUAAACCUGUCAGCAGAAUAUACGUAUACAGUAACAAAAAUCCAAAAGAAAUUAAUAACAAAGAAAACAUUUACAAAAAGAAAUUAACGUCAGCAACCUGUUGUAAAGUCAUCAGCACACACAUACAUAUGUACAUAUAGAACAAGUGCAGCGAUACUUGCCCACAGUUGCAACUACUGCAGCAACUAAUGAUUUUCCCGUGCAUGAUUGUCUCAAUACUUUUAUAAUAAAUAGAAAAAAAUAUAUUUUCUGCCGGCAUUUGAGUGAUUUUCCCUCCCGGUGAAAAGUUUUGCUACUGUAGCUCAGACGCGCCUAGACCCCUUUUUCCAAGCCUAGUACGCGCAUUGCUGCUGACGUUCGCUUGAGUUUGCAGGUAAAUCUAUAUGUGUAUUACACGCCAGCGCAAUAACUUACUCUCCGUUACCGGAUUGCAAUGUGCGCGCUGAAGUAGAAAGUUGCUGUCAAUCGCAUUGUUGGCAACUUAAGUGCGCGCGUGUGUGUUUGUGCUUUUCUUUUAAUAAUUUCGCAUUUUUCGUGUUUGUGUUAUUGUUUUAUGCGUACAUCGUCAUAAACAUAUAUACAAAAUUAAAAAAUACACUUAGUGCCCUUGAUUGAAAACUCUGAGCCAUAUAGAAAAUGUAUGAUUUCGUUGUGUUAUUAGUGUAGCGUUGCAUAAACAAAGCUUUUAAGUUCAAAAAUUGUUGGUGAGAUUGAAAGCCGAUAAAUUUGAAUUAAAAAAAAAAAAAAAUUUAAUUGUUUUUUGGUGAAAAAGUCAAUUUCGCGUGAAGAUUAUUUAUUGUCUGUGCAAUAAACGUUGGAUGAUACUUUUUAAAUUUGAAUAUUAAAAAUAUUGAAAAUACAACAGCAACAAAAUGUCGGAUAUAUAUUAUUGUAGUAAUAGCAAGAAUAAGCAGAAAUCAAGCGCGGAUGGUAAGAGCAGCUCAGCCGAAAAAUCGUCAAAAUCAGGCAGUGCCAACGGUGUAAACAAUGGUAAGAGCAAUAACAACAACAACAAUAAUAAUACUACUCGAGAGAACAACAAUGUUUGCGGUAAACACAUAUCGAAUGGCAAAACAAAUUGGAAUGCAAAGGGCGUUCAGAGCAAUCCUAGUGGUCAUCGCGAUUCAACCGGAAAUGGCUUAAAUGCGCAAGCGCAGCCGCAGAAAGUUUAUCACAAUGCGCGUUGUGCGCGCCACCACAAACCGCAUCACAAUCAUAGCCACAACAACAGUAACAACAACAACAGCAGCAACAGCACCAACAGUAUUGCCAAUGGCAACAAUAAUAACAACAACAACAGCAGCAAUGGUAAUGGUGUUCUCGCGAAUGGUGCGACGCCGAAUGGUCUCACCGACUUAUGUCACCAUCAGUUGGCCAAUCCACCCGCACAUGGACAUGGACACAAUCAUACACACACAAACGGCGUCGGACAUCGAAGAAAAUCCGAGUCAGUGCUAUCUACAGAUUCGGAUAUACGUUUCACCCGUCGCAAGCUGGGCGAUAGUCAGAAGUGCGGUUGUGCUGUGAUAGCGGGCUUUCUAGUCGCCCUCCUUGUGGCCGGCGCUUUCGUUUAUGUUGGUUAUACAUAUUUCCGCCCUGAACCGCUGCCAGAUCGAACCUUCCGCGGUAAAUUUCUGGUAAUGAACGAUAAGUGGUCCAUGGAGUUGGCAGAUCAGAAUUCAUUGAGAUUUAAUCACAAAGCACGUGACUUUCGCGAGCGCAUUAAUUUAAUUGUAAAACGUUCCGAUUUACGUGAGGCUUACGAAGGCAGCGAGAUAUUGGCGCUGGAUGGCACGGAGGAUAUCAAUGAGGUUGUUGUACAUUUCAAUCUUAUAUUUGAUCCUUAUGCCGGUUUGGUAUCAACUGCUGAUCUCUUGGCUCUCUUCGCUGAGGAGAUUAACGAUCCGAAUCGCAAAUAUUUCGCCAAUAUGACCGUUGAUCCACAGAGUUUAACGAUCAAAGAAGUUACCGGUCUCAUUGAAGAACCUGUUAUGUCUUCUUCACCACUCGGUGGAGAAGAUGAUACUACCGAGAUAAUUACUACAACGCCGAAGCCACCGCGCCGUUGUGAACCCCUCAAAUUAAACUACUGUCGCUCGAUCGGCUAUAAUAUCACAACAUAUCCAAAUUUCUUGGGGCAUCAUUCAUUUGAGGAGGUACAAGCGGACGUGAUUGCUUUUCGCGAAUUAGUCGAUGCCGAGUGUUUUCGUGAAGCUUUCGAUUUUGUUUGCCGCUUACUGCAACCACCUUGUGAUACACAUGGCUCAUUCGAACCGACGCCGGGCGUGAUGUGUCGCGAAUAUUGUCAGCUUUUCAUGAGGGGUUGCGGUAGUCGUUUGCCGGCACGUUUCAAGCGAUUUUUCGAUUGUGAAACUUUUCCGGAGUCGACGGGCAUACAGAGUUGCCAUCAAAAGCCACAUUGCGCACACGAUUUACAGAACAAUGCGCAAAGUCCGCGGCUCUGUGACGGUUUUGUGGACUGCCCGGAUUUCUCUGAUGAACGCACUUGUACUUUCUGUACGGCGAAUUCAUUAUAUUGUGGUAGAGGGCGCGCUUGUGUGCCACGUAAGGCGCGUUGCGAUGGCAAAGCCGACUGUCCAGAUGGUUCGGAUGAAAAAGAUUGUCUUGCUAUAGCACCACUAGCUGCCGAUCUCUUAAAGCCCGAGCCGAUGGUGCCCUAUUUACCACGCUUCCACUCAGAAGGUUUCGCGGUAUUUUCCGAAAAGGGUGUUGUGGGAAAAUUGUGUGCAGAAGGCCUGGAAGCAGAUAGCAAAUUAAUAGUACGUCAAACUGUGGCAGAAUCGCUUUGCAAAUCCCUCGGCUAUGAAUCCGUAGAAGUAUUUGAGGUGCGCAACGAUACUGAACAUGUAGAAGAUUACGUGCGUGUGCUGGAUCCCCACGCACCGGAGAUAUCUUUUAUACGCACUCACUGUCAGAAGCGGCAAGUACUCUACGUCGGCUGUGGUGAGUUACAGUGUGGGGUGCAGUCGGUAUUGUCGCCCAAGCAAUAUCUGUCGUUACCAAAGAUGUCCUCACCUGGUGAUUGGCCUUGGUUGGUGGCGCUCUAUCGCGAGGACAUACAUGUGUGUGAUGGAACACUGAUAUCUCGUGAUUGGGUCCUCACCACCGAAUCGUGUUUCCAAGGACAACCACGCGCCACUUGGAUGGCUAUAUUCGGCGCCGUGCGUCUAUCAUCCAACGCACCUUGGACUCAGCGUCGUCGUAUUAUUGGUUUGAUAAAGAGCCCUGUAGAGGGCUCCACAGCGGCAUUGAUUCGACUUGAGACACCUGCUAAUUUCUCCGAUCACGUACGCCCUAUAUGUCUACCCGAUGAACUGCAACGCAAACAGGAUCAGCUGGGGAAACGUCGUGCUUUUGUACCCAAAGCUGAGCGUUUAGAGGGUAAACGUCCACAGCCGAAGGUACCGCCCACUCCUAGCGCUGUCCAACGUCAUUUGGCAGAAUCACAAAAGUUCUUCGUAUCACCGGCUGUGGAACGGGAUCCAGUUGAUACGCACAGCAGUAGCAGCUCGGAAAGUAGAGAGGAAUAUUCACGUUAUGAUUUCGAUCACUCUGAAGCAGCCGCCUCACAAAUGCCGCAUGCUGAAGCGCUGACCCAAACAGUAGAGCAACAAUUCAAUGAAUAUCCAUUGCCGGACAGUGCGCCACAAGUGCAUUACUACAGUGGCGCCGCAUCAUCUGCUGGCCGUUAUGCGCCUGUGCCUGUUGCGACUGGCGGUGUCGGUAUUGCAUCGGGUCGCACGCCAAUCGGAGGUGUGAAUAGUAAAACAUCAACGGCGCCGCCAAGAGUUGAAGAAAUUUGGACAAAUUGCAAUACACUAGGCUGGUCUAGACAACGUGAUCAUCUGCAGCGAGUACAGCUGAAAAUCGGUGAUAUGGCACCUUGUGAGAAUAUUUCCAUAGCGACUGUAAAUAGUAUGUGCACCGAGGCGACAUAUCAAAAGCACGAUUGCACGCAAGAAGAGUAUUCCGGUGCACCGGUGCAGUGCCUCAUACCGGGCACAAAUCAAUGGGCAUUGCUUGGUGUUUCAUCCUGGCGUAUUGCUUGUGGACCGAGUGGCGUCGAGCGACCGAGAAUGUAUGACAAAAUCACUUCGAACGCGGCGUGGAUACGGGAGAUUCUAAGUGCAGCGUAGGAACCUUCACACUUAACGGUACCUGUGUUGGCAUUGGUUUCAGCGUAAACACAAAAAUGAACAAAAGUUAAAGCUAAAAAAAAUAAAUAUAACAUUUAAGGUAACACGAAGCUAAAUAUUUACUUAAC